AUGUCUAGCAAACCCAGUGUGGCUGAGAUUGAGAAAUUCAAUAAACUGAAACUGAAGAAGACAGAAACGCAAGAGAAAAAUCCACUGCCUGCAGAAGAAACGAUCGAACAGAAGCAAGAGGGCGAAUCGUAA